CUGUAACAAUUGCAUUUAAUAACAAUUUCUGAAUCAAAAUAAUUGUGUACCUGUAUACCAAACAGUAUAUCAAAGAAUGUUCAGUGUUACAUAUAAAACAAAUGAGGAAAUAGUUUAAGAAGAGGGAAUUAAUCUGAACAUGGUUGUUCUGGAAGGAUGGCAACACUGACAUUUACCAAGACGGAACAAACAAAUAGUGAUUCAAGCUCCAUCGCAACAAAGUCUAACACAUCCGAAAGUAACACUCCCAAACAAAACACAAGAAUAAAAAACAAAAAUGCUGUCCUGAGAAAGUCAAAAUCAGCACAAAAUGGAGAAAAUUCAAACAAUCAGACAAAAUCUCAAUUGAAAGAAGAACCGCACGAGAUCAAAUCACAACUAUCUAGACCUGAACUUGAUGGAGGAGACGCUGAUAGUGCAAUAGGUUCUGAAGUAAACAGUGUAAUCGGUAUACCAUUUGAAGACGAGCAAUUACUGAAUGAGAAUGACAAAUUGCUAGAUGAUUUAGAUAAUCUCAUAUUACAACCAGCCUGUGCAACAUUAAUACAAUCUAGAAUUCAGAAAAAUUCCAACCUUCCUAGUCCUUCAUCAAGAAUCUUCUCCGGGCAACCAGCUUUUGUUGUCCCGAAGUUACCUAUAGCACCAACCCGAGCAGUGCACACAGCACACAGCACACUUCAGAAGCGGAAAAUUCAACAUAACAGGAUACAACCUGUUGAUAAAGUUCCAGAGAGUAAUGCCUUCCAAACAAAGUGCCUUGCUGUCAGUAACAACCUAGAAACAUCAGACGUACGAAUUGAUGGAGAACAAUCUUUAAGUACCAAGUUGCCAUUCAGUUAUGGUACAGCAGCAUCAUCUCUACCUCCUUGUUCUAGAGAGGAUAUGUCAGACUUCGUCAUUCUCCAUACAGAUGCAGACAUGGAAGAGGCCUGUGCCUUCAUGACCCAUUUAGUAAAUGACACUGGCAUUGAGAAUCUUACUGUAGAUAUGUUCAGUAACAUCGACGCCGGAAAACCUGGAAUGCAAAGUCUGGGUAAAUUACAUGAGAAGUAUCGAUACAUUCUGACUUACGUCACUGAUAAUCUAGCGAGUGACAAGUACUGCAGAUUCCUGCAAGAAAUCUUACUGACAUUUGGUUUGCAGGAAGCAAACGGUAAGGAGGAUCGUGUUGUGCCUGUAUUUACAAAGAAUGAACGAUGCAAAAUCCUAGAAAUAAGUGUAAUACGUGGACUACAAUAUUUCAAAUUUCAUUCACUUAACAGAUUCAUCAGUGACUUGUACCUGAAAAGUGUCAGAAAUCUUGUACAAGAUGGAAGAGCAAAGUUUCCAUAGAAUAUAUUUGUUGAUUUUUCUAAUAAAUUUCUUGUUUA